GUUCAUCUGACAACGACUUCAUCCUAUGCGGCUCCUAGCUGCUCCCGCUGCGUCCUCGACGGUCUGGGUCGCGCCGCGUGCGAUAGACGAGGAGAACGAUCAGGGGACUCGGAUAGACCGGACAGAGGGUGAUCGGUCGUGGUCGUCAGUAUGAUACGCUUCGAGUACACGAUCCUACCGGAGUCCUAAUGAAAGCAUUAGUAUUCCGAAUACUUUCCUAGAGCCCCACCACCUCAACGCUGGACGAUAAACCCGCCGCCUCUCCAGCGGCUCGGUCCUAGUCCGGGUAGCUCUCUAGCUGCACACUGCCUCGAGAACAUUGCUCUCAACAUUACACGAUAUGAACCGGCCUCUUUCCAUGGAGUUGAGGAGCGGUACAUGCGCAUGAUCUGGAACUAUCUGAGGGAGAGGUUCGAAGCGAGCAGGAUGGAGGCAGGGGAACAAGCUGGACAUGAUGGACAGCCUUGGGCUCGGGAAGAUCUGUUUCUAUGGCUACUACAGCUGCAGACGAAGAGCAAGGGCGAAGCAAAAACACUUGGCAGCGAAUCGACCAGCGUCAAACAGAGGCCAAGACACCAUACUCAACUCGUCUCUGCACCCGAACUACUGGCCUACCUACCCACCUCGUCGCCCUUGACCAUCCUGCAAAUACCGCCCACUCCGUCGUUUACUCUCCUCACAUCGCUCUCACUCUCGACCCACCUUUUGAACGACCAGACCAUCCUCUCGCUACGGAACCUGCCGCACCUGUUUUUCCUCUUCCUUACCGCCUGUUCGGGGGUGACCGACGCGGGGAUCAAGUCGUUGGCUAUGAGCCUGGAUUACGAGCAGGCGGUCUUGCAAGUCAAGCCGGGCGAGGCCGAAGGGAAAGGUCGAGGGUGUUGGAGGUUGAGAGGGUUGUGGCUGGAUGGAUGCAAGAGGGUGACGGAUAACGCCAUAAGGGAUCUCGUCAAGUGGCCUCUGCUCAACGUGCUCUCUCUUGCCAACACCGGGAUUAGCACCCAACCGACCUUUCCUCCCAACUCGCACUGGUUCCGAGCGGCCCCAGCAGACAGCGCCUUCCUCAUCCCCCGUAUCGCAUCACCUUAUCAUUACGCCGCAUCCGAUCCUCAGGUCAACAAGAAGUUCCGGGCUUACCAGGCUCGAUGGCCCGCUCAGUUCCGUGGCGACAACGUAGGGACGAUAGAGGUGGUCGGCAUGAGCGAAGAAGAGCUUAGGAGAUUCCGAGGCGAGCGGGAGGUGAAGCGGAAGAUCGAGGCGAUCAAACGGAACACGGGCAAUUCGGCCGAGAACCCGGUGUCGAUCGAGCCGGACGAGAUGGAUCUCGUCACACCGCCGGAUGAGACGACAAAUUCCGCAUGGAGGAUGGAUCGUUCGAUGGCUUUUACGACGGGCUAUGGUAAAAUGCCAUCGUGGAUGGCUGCAGCUGCUCGCAAUCCGAUGGGCACCGGCAGAACGAGAAACGGGGGCUCGAACGCAUCUAAUGACGAGCUCGAUUGGCUCUACCUGAGACCGCCUCCGACGGUGGCUUCGGUACGGCAAGAUCUCCUGGAAAGAGCAGCUCAACGAGCGAGUUCGACGAACCGGCCGGCUCAGACGGCUCAGGUUCGAUCGGUGAAUCACCCGCGUCCGACUUCCUCUUCUUCCUCUUCCUCCUCCCCAUUCGCCCCAUCGAGUCAACGAGAAGAGAUCACCCUUCAGCGGCGGAAGGGUCGGAGUAGACAGCUCGUCUCGGUCCCAUACCAGAUCCCGCAGACUAAACUUCGAGCGAGUCAGCAGGGGCCUGGAGACGGAUGGGACUUGGGUGCGUCACGUUCGACGAUACCGGCUCUGGGAACGGCAAGUCUGUCGGGUUCGAACGUGGGGUCGGCUGCUCCCCCACGGACCAAGGGGUUCUCGAUGUUCAAAAAGGCCAAGCGAUGAGAGUGUCCCGGAUGUCAAGUAUAAUGAUGUAAGACUAAAUACCCACGCAUAUACCCUCUUGUCACUUCCUGGUCAGUCUCAAGGCGAUUCCUAUCGAUUGGAUCA